AUGGGUGGAGUGACUGGCUGGUGUGUGGGAUUUUUGUUUCAGAAAGUUGGAAAACUUGCAGCAACUGCAGUAGGUGGUGGCUUUCUUCCACUUCAGAUUGCUAGUCUCAGUGGCUAUGUGCAGAUCAACUGGAAGAGAGUUGAAAAAGUUGUAAAAAAAGGCAAAAAGAUUAAGAAACGAGCAAAUAAAACAGCACCUGGAAUCAACAAUAUAAUUGAAGAAGCAGCAGAAUUUGUCAAACAGAACAUUGUGAUAUCCAGUGAAUUUGUGGGAGGCUUUUGGCUAGGCCUUGCAUCUUAA